AUGCGGCGCUUCGCUGGGGCCUUAGCAGCUAGCCUGCUUGUCUUCCAGUCUGGCAAUGUGUCAUCGUACGCAGCAGCGGUGGGGCCAAGCAGCACGGCAGCAGCAGUGGUGGAGACGGCCGUGCCAGCCGCGGCGGCGGGUGCGGUAGAGUCAUUGCCCUCGUGCCCCAUCGGCGAUAUGGCGGGCCUGUUUGGCGGCAACGAAGAUGAGGGGCCCGAGCCCUUCACUCUGUAUGGCACCAAUCAGAAGAUGUACAGCAUAGAGCAGCUUGACGGCGAGAAGGUCUUGUCGCGGUCGCGGGGCUUCACGGUGGACACGUGCGUCAGCGCGGUGGACGAGGCCAUGGAGAGCCCUGAGUUUCAGGGGCUGUCGACCGGCGACAAGCUGCGCCUGGGCAGCAAUCUGCUGUGCAAGCGGUCCACGGGGCCGGACCUGAAGCCGGCAUGCUCGUCGUCUUGCAAGGCGGCGUGCUCGGCGGCGCUGGACGCAGAGGCGGCGAAACAGCUGGCAAACUCCGGGCUGCAGCUGUCGCCGGCGGACCGGCAGCGGCUGCUGCGCUCCUGCACGCGGCAGUGCAACUACGGCUGCAUCGGGUCGGGCAAGACGCACGACUUUGUGACGCCGUCGCGGCGGUAG